UCAUAUUUUCUCCCUCUCUCUCUCUUUCUGUCUCACACACAGUUCGAAUAUUUCGUCAAAAACUUUUCCUUCGAAAUUCGUUUGCUAAAUGCCUAGCGAUCAUUAGUGCCGGUGCAGCAUGCAGAUGGGCUACAAGCUGCGCCGGGUGCCGCAGCAGCGUCGCCUGGUCCGUCAUCUGAUGCGCAUCAUCCUGGAACUGCUGCAGAGCACGCAGCGUCCGAUGCGCGACACGGAAAUCAUCUCAACGCUGGCCGCGCGCCUCCGACGUAGCGACCCGGAGUUCCAGCGCCAGGUGGCUCUCAAUCUCGAGGAUGCAGUCAGCUACGGCAUACUGAAGCGCCAGCUGAACGUCUACUCCCUGCGCUCCAAGCAGUUGUCGCUGAUCGUGGAGAACCUAGCGCCAAGCAGCGGACGAAGUCAACGCUGAACAUCUGCUCAGUAUACAACUAUAUACUGAUGAUGGUCUGGGGAGCACAUUCAAUUACACCCGAGUACAUCGAUAUAUUUUUUAAUAGAUCCAGUACAAAUUAAAUUUAUCGAUAAAUAUAAAUCGCUAAGCUCGGCUUUAGUUUGUGGAAAGGAGUUAAAAUAAAAUCGCAAAAUAUGUUGAGAGCACAGUAAAAGAAAGUUGUAUCAAUUGUUAUCGAUAUAUAUUUUUGUUGCACGAAGCUCAACUGAAUGUAUGUUUAUAAAACUAUAUCGCAAAUGCUUAUCGAUAACUAUCGAUGACAUAAGGAAAAUUUUCGGUGUAGUAAUGUUUGAAGUAAAUGCAUGCACGCCUGCAUUGUGCACUUGCAUUACUAAUCAAUGCUACCAGCUUAUCGAUAAUUAUCGAUUUCACUUGGCAAUUGAUACAUAGGGAUAAUACCAAUGUGCGAUCAAUUGGAGCGAAUAUUAUUGUCGCAAAUACUAUUGGUAGCUAUCGAUUGUACUUUCAGCCACAAUGACACUGGAUAUGGUGUAAUAAUCCAACGUUUCCACUCUCCAGAUACAGCUCAAUGGAACGCUGUCGAUAUGCCGUGUAAUUAAUGUCCGGAUUACCAACUGACAAUGCAAUUCCAAUUUGCAAAUCAAAUCGCUAACUGCCAAAAUAAUCGAUAGCUGGCAUGGACCAUGGAAACUACAUAUGUAUAAAUGCCAACAUGUGAGGCGUGAGCAAUUGAAUUAUAUUUGAUAAAACACAAUGGCAAAUGGCAGACGGACGGACGCACAAUCAAA